CUCUGACCAUUUGUUUUACAGAUAGUAUAUUUGCAUUUUACUUAUUAUGAUCGAAUUUGGUUGUAUCUCUGGCUAGAACUAUUGAACGUAGUGUUAGCUUCUGAGCGGGAGAAAUGACCGCCAGACGUGUUUUGUCGAUCCAGAGUCAUGUGGUGUCGGGCUAUGUGGGCAACAAGGCAGCCGUGUUCCCCCUGCAGUUGUUGGGUUUUGAGGUGGACUUCAUCAACAGUGUGCAGUUUUCAAAUCAUACAGGGUAUCCAACUGUCAGUGGCAAAGAACAGGUUCUAGAAAGUUCUGACCUCAAAGCACUCAUGGACGGGAUGGCAGCCAACAAUCUCAACCACUUCUCCCAUGUACUCACAGGCUUCAUAGGCUCGGAGUCAUUCCUCGACCAAGUAUCAGAAGAGAUAUCCAAGCUCAAGUUAUCAAAACCCAGUCUCAAAUAUCACUGCGACCCAGUUUUAGGCGACAAUGGAGUUUUUUAUGUGCCAGAAUCUUUAGUUGAAGUAUACAAGCAGAAAAUAAUGCCGGUCGCAGAUGUUAUAACUCCUAAUGAUUUUGAAGUCAGACAGCUGACAGGCGAACCUUGCGACUCCUUAGAAAACACGCUUCUAGCAAUCGACAAGUUGCAUAAAAUGGGGCCAAAAACUGUUGUUUUAAGUAGUAUACUUCUCGACAGAAAUUCAGAGAAUGAUUUGACGUUAAUAUGCAGUUGUAGAUUGGACGACGGAUCAUUUAGUAGAGCUAGAGUUGAUUUUCCAAGAAUAGACGCGCGAUUUACAGGGACUGGGGAUUUGUUCAGUGCUCUUUUCCUAGCUUGGUGUGUCAUUUACGGCGAAAAUAAAUGCGGCGAAGCUUGCGAAAAAGCAGUUUCGACUAUACAUGAAAUUUUGAAGAAAACAAUGCUAUCCAACAAUGAGUAUCUUGCAAAUGGUCAUCAAGAGAAAGAAAGUUCAAACCAGAUAAAACCUCCACCAGAAUUGAAACUAAUUGCUUCUAAAAGUGUUAUUGAAAAAGGAGAUGUUAUCUUCAAGUUUGAACCUCUAUAGUUUAAAUUGUUGUAUGCACUCGCUCUCUCAGCGAAGAACUUGUAACUAUCUAUAUAAUGUUAUAAUCUAUCUACAGAAAUUGAUGAAAA